CUCAACAUUAUAAAAUCAAAAUGGCAGCUUCUAGAAAAUUUUGUGUCGAGUGUGGCAAAAACUUUAGCAAGUCGGCGUAUUACCUCCAUAUUCCAUGCAGCAAAACAUCCAAGAGUCAUUCUGCAAGAUCAGAGACUUUGACUUUUCUUGCAGAGUGAUGACCAAGAUGAAUCAGAAGAAUAUGAAUAUUGUGAUGAUGAGGAGGAAGAUUUCACAGGAGUGCAACCCCAGCGUCCCUCUCCUGAAUCAAGAGCACUUAUAAUGUUCUUGAUGCUUUGGCAAACAAUGUACAAAGUUUCUGAUGCUGGUAUUAUCCUACUAAAAUUUCUUCAGGUAUUUUUAAAUACACUUGGAACUAUUUCACAAGUGCGGUAUCUCAUUGACUUUGCAUCAAAACUCCCUACAACAAUGUACAUGGUAAAGGCAUGGUUAGGCCUUGGGAACGAUGAGUUUGAGAAAUGUGUUGCUUGUCCUAAGUGCCACACUUUGUAUUACAUAAAAGACUGUACUGUACAGAGGCCAAAUGGACUUGUUUCUAAGAGAUGUUCACAUGUGCGGUAUCUAAGACACCCGCACAGAAACAAGAGAAGGGAGUGUGGUACAGUAUUGAUGAAGACCAUGAGGUCAAAAUCUGGUUCCUUGUUUCUCCAUCCCAAGUUGCUAUACUGCUAUAACAAAGUCAGCAAAUCACUUCGUGAUCUGGUCACUAAACCAGGGUUCCUGCAGAAAUGUGAAGAGCUACCAAGACAGCAGGAGUGUAUGGCAGAUGUCUACCAUGGGGAUGUAUUGAAUGGAUUUGCAGAUGAUGAUGGCACAAAGUUCUUAUCCAAGCCUGGUAAGCUUGGGUUGAUGCUUAACGUUGACUGGUUUCAGCCUUAUAAGCAUACCACUUACAGUUGUGACGUUAUGUAUUUGGUUGUGAUGAACUUGCCAAGACACGAGAGAUUUAAAAGGGAAAACAUUAUCAUUGCCGGUAUAAUCCCAGGACCUAAGGAGCCAAAGGGCAAUAUUAACAGCUAUCUACAACCAAUUGUCGAUUACCUUUGUGACCUGUGGAAAGGUGUCAUCUAUCAGGAUCAAGCACUCAAGUGGGAUGGUCAUGGUUGCAGCAUGUGUCUCAAGGAAUUUGCCACCAGCUCAUUCGAGUCAAAAAUAGACUUCUCUGGAUAUGACACUGAUAACUGGGAGCUAAGGACCAAUGAGAUACAUCUCCUGCCCGCAAACUCAGCCCUAAAUGCAAGCUGCAAGACUCAGCUACAACAGGUGGUCCGUGACACUGGUGCUAGGUAUUCCGCCCUCUACCAGCUGCCCUACUACGAUGCUGUCCGUUUCCUGGUCAUCGACCCAAUGCACUGUCUCUUUCUUGGGAUUGCCAAGCACUGUUUGACAUUAUGGAAACAAGAGGGGCUUUUGUCAGACAAGGAUUUCCGCUUGCUUCAAAUGAGAGUAGAUGCAGUGGUUCCCCCUCCUGAAAUUGUUAGAAUACCAUCCAAAGUUGCCACUGGAUUCAGCGGAUUUUCUGCUGACCAGUGGAAAAACUGGGUCUGCUAUUACUCCCUGUUUGCACUGAAGGGCAUUCUACCUUCAAGGCAUUAUGAUUUGUGGUCUCACUACGUAAGUGCAUGCCGGUAUAUGUGCAGUAGAAGUAUCUCCCCUGAACAAUGUGCUAAUGCCGAAAAAGAACUUCUUGAAUUCUGCAAGGGCUUCCAGUCUAUAUAUGGUGCAGAGCGCUGUACACCUAACAUACACCUCAGUUGUCAUCUUGGUGACUGUGUGAAAGACUAUGGACCUGUGUAUGGUUUCUGGUGUUUCUCUUUUGAGAGAUUCAAUGGCAUCAUGGGCAAGUAUCACAAGAACAACCACAAUAUUGGUGUGCAGUUUAUGAGGAAGCUCACAAGAGAUACCAGGCUACAUGCAAUUCCAUUUCCUGACAACUGCAAGGAGAUUUUUAGUGUCCUUCCUGCCUGCAGUGAAGGAUCAGUGGCCGACACCCUACAUGCUGGUGACAUCACUCUACAAGUGUCUCCUCGUCCACCUAUCAAGAGAGUCGCUCUCGGCUGCCUAGAGUCAGCCGCCAUGGCUGAUCUGUACAGCGUGUUAUAUCCAAACCAGGACAUUCACUGCCCGAGGCUGUGUGACAGCUACUAAAUGGUGUUAUGUGUAGAACUACACAAACAGUUGGAGUCAUUGUUUGUUGUCCAGACGGGGAAAGCAGGCCUGCUAAAGUGCAAAGAUUCAUAAGACAUGAUGUCAUUUUCAAAACCUUAAACGAUGGGAAACGACACAGAAGGACGGAUGAUGUAGCGGAGGUGGAGUUGUUCAACAGUCACCCAGAAAGGCAUUCCCGCUACCCUGCACCACUGGAGUUGUGGUCAACGGACACUUCUUACCGGGCAUAUGUUUUUUUACAGAUAUCAAGGCCCAGUGCAUAUUAGGUACAAAGUAAAGUUUAAUCACGGUAUGGAGACAGUGAAUGUAGUUAUUCCUUUAGUAGGAAGAUUUAUUUUGUAAGCGCUUACCUUGGACACAAUCCCAAGUUACUUUCGCUUUAUAAAGCGGUUGUCACUUCUCUUUAUAAGAAUCGUUAUCUUCAUGGGAAAGUAGUAACAGUAGAAUGGGUUUCAUCCGACUUUGAAAUGAAAACUAAACACCGACUUUUAUACACUACAUAAUUUGUAUUGUAUUCUCCUUUUAAUAGUGGGAAAGUGAGUGGUAAUUAUCGUUUCACAGUCGGAUGAAAAACACUAUUUUUAUUUAGCAUUAAAAUAUAUACUCUUUCACGGGUUUUAUCGAAAUGACUUUUAAAUUGCUUGUAUUUUAAUGUGUUUUCACAUGCAUAAUUUAUUAUAUAGUGAUACAAAUAAACAAAUCUUGGAUAUAAA